AUGAUGGCUUCAUUUAAUACCUCAGAUGGCAACAACAGACUCCAUAGGGCCUGCAAACUAGGAGAUAUUGCCACCGUUCAAAAAAUUCUCAAAGAACCAGAUCCACCAGUCAAUUCUCAAAACUCUUUAGGAAGAACUCCAUUACACAUAGCAAUUUUGAUACAUUCAGAUCUAAUUGUAGAGUUAUUACUCGAUUAUCCUAAGAUUGAUCUCAAUGUUAAGGAUAUUGAAGGCAAUACUCCACUUCACUAUGCUAUUUGGGCAAGAAACCCAAUAUUAGCAAUAACUAUAAGCAAAAUGUCAGGUGUUGAUGUCAAUGCCGUCAACAAUCUCGGUGAAUCUCCACUGUUAUUUGCUUUGAGGACAGGUGACUUGGAAUUGAUCAAUGUAUUCUUAAGGAAUUCCAAUGUGAAAACGAAUAUUAUUACAAAGAAUGGCGAAUCUAUCCUUCAUUAUGCAAUUUUCACGGGAAAUCUUGAUCUCGUUGCCUCAGUUCAUCAACGAUACAGUUAUCAAAUCGGAAAUAAAAAUUCUGAUGGACAUACACCAUAUCAUUGUGCGGUUAUACGCGGUUACGAAGAAAUCAUGAAUUAUUUUCCAACUCCAAUUCUCACGGAUACAGAUCUUCAUAAGAAUACGUUUCUUCAUUUGGCUGCAAUGGGUGGAAAUGUCAAUAUUUUCAAGCACUUUUAUUCAAAAUUGGCGAAUUAUCUAGAUUAUCUAAAUGAUAAGCAAGAAUCAUGUCUUGACAUCGCCAUUAACCACGGCCAUCUUGCUUUAGUUGAUUACAUCAUCCAUCUUAAGGAUUUCAACUUCAAUAAAUCGAAUAACGAAAAGAAUUCUUAUAUUCACUUAGCUUGUCAAUCAAGCAACGAAGAACUUGUUAAAUAUAUUCUCAAUAGAACAACCUAUGGCCUCUCCGAACAAAAUGCAAAGGGAGAGACGCCAUUAAUGAUUGCAUGCAGAAAGAGAUGCACAAACAUCGUAAGAAUACUCUUAGGUAAAGGCAAAGUCAAUCUCAAUGCAAAAGACAGCAAUGGAAACACCGCAUUGCAUAUUACAGCUCAGGAAGGAGAUUUCCAAACUUUUCGAGUACUUUCAAUUGCCGCAAAUCCCAAAGUUAAGGAGUGCGAUAAAGAUGGCAAUAAUAUCCUUCACCUCGCCGUCAUUUGGAAUAGAUUGGAAUAUAUCAAAGAAAUUUUCAAUCUUUACAACAAAUUCCCUAAGAACAGUAAGAACAAUGACGGCAAAACACCACUUCAGCUUGCUGAUAAUGAUGAUACUAGAAAUUUAUUGAUUUCUUUGGGUUGUAAAUGA